GAUUGCAUCCAAUUUCUAUCUCUAUUCCAAAUUUUCAUUUUUUUUUUCUUUUUUAAAAUUAAUUACUCGCCUAUCUUUGGGUCUGCAGCCACUGACUACUCUCGCCAUAACUGGAUUAGACUGAGCUGAGACUGUUCGAUUUCGGUUUUUGAUGGAGGAUCAACAAGGAAGAUAUACCUGUUCAUAAGUCCUUAACUACUGAGAGAGCUGAACCGAAUCGAACUGAAUUGGAACGAUGCGUCGAGAGAUCUCGUUUCUGAUUCAGCCAAGAUGCCUUCUUCUUUUCGUAGUUCUUUCAAUUUUUCUCAUAUUCGCCUUCUCUACUCCUAAAAGAGAGGAGGAACGUGUGGAGAAAAUAGAAGAGGUUCCUGAAAUAACCCAUAGAGUAUAUCUGGAUAUAGAUAUUGAUAAACAACGUUAUGGUAGAAUUGUGAUUGGAUUAUAUGGCAAGGUUGUACCCAAAACUGUCGAAAACUUUAGGGCGUUGUGCACAGGGGAGAAAGGAAAAGGUGUUCAUGGAAAAGAACUUCACUACAAGGGAUCUCCAUUUCAUCGUAUAAUAUCUGGUUUUGUUAUUCAAGGGGGAGAUAUAAUAAACGGUGAUGGAAGGGGAUACGAAUCCAUUUAUGGUGGCACCUUUCCUGAUGAGAACUUCAAAAUAAAACAUUCACAUGCUGGCGUUGUUUCCAUGGUGAAUUCAGGACCUGAUUCCAAUGGCUCACAAUUUUUUAUCACCACUGUCAAGGCCAGCUGGCUAGACGGAGAGCAUGUUGUGUUUGGUAAAGUUAUUCAAGGCAUGGACACUGUGUUUGCCAUUGAAGGUGGAGCUGGAACCUACAGCGGAAAACCCAGGAAGAAGGUGAUUAUUGCUGAUUCGGGGGAGAUACCAAAGAGCAAGUGGGAUGAGGAAAAAAGAUGACAAAGCCUUGGAGCUUCAAGAUUUUUCUUUCAGCUUUUUAUGUAGAUGGGCUUUGUUUUUAAGCUUAUCUAUGCUCUUUCUAUCAUCCCAUUACACCUUCAUUAUUAUAUGAGAAAUUGUAGUAAAUGGACUCAAAUCAUAAGAUUAUGUUCGUAAAUGUUAUUAUUUUAAAACUUGUAGCAAAA